GAAGAUAUAUCAAUAAUAUUGUAAUAAUUGUGUAUAUUUAUGUUUCCAUAUUAAUGUAAAUCAAAUCCCAUUGAAAGGGGAUCACGGCUGUCAAGCCUUAGGAUUAGUUGCAUAUCUACUGUACACUUUUGUAUAUAUAUGUGUUUCUCUGUUAAUGAAAAAUCAUCACAAUUUCUUCCAUUAAUUUAUUCAACCAUUAUCAUUAUGCUUGCUCUAUUAUUUUAGAUGGUAUCAAGAGCAAAGUUCCUGGUGCCUCAUUUUCCUUUGCAAAAAUUCUGACAACCAUUGAAACAUCAUGACAGGUGGUAACAUUGAUACUGCCACUCCAACCAUAGAUUCAUCCAACCCUUUUUUCAUUCAUCACUCAGACCAACCUGGUCAUAUGCUUGUUCCUACGAAAUUAAAUGGCUCCAACUAUCCAUCAUGGAGUAAAUCCAUGAUUCAUGCUCUCACAGCAAAAAAUAAAAUUAGUUUCAUUGAUGGAUCUAUAGAACCACCUUCCGAAAAAAAUCCAACUCAAUAUGCCCUUUGGAAUCAGUGCAAUAGCAUGAUUCUAUCAUGGUUCACUCACUCAGUAGAACCAGAUCUAGCCAAAGGAGUCGUUCAUGCCAAAACGGCUCGCCAAGUGUGGGAAGAUUUCAGAGAUCAAUUUUCACAAAAAAAUGCACCAGCGAUCUACCAGAUUCAAAAGUCAUUGUCGUCACUUUCACAAGGCACAAUGUCGAUUUCAACAUAUUUCACAAAACUCAAGAGCCUUUGGGACGAAUUAGAUACAUAUCGGCCUAUCCCUGCUUGUAAUCAGAUGAAUGCACACGUCGAACAAAGAGAUGAAGAUCGGAUGAUGCAAUUUCUAAUGGGCCUCAGUGAUACUUACAAUGGUGUUCGUAGUAAUAUUCUUAUGAUUACUCCACUGCCCAAUGUUCGUCAGGCCUAUUCCCUUGUUAUUCAAGAUGAAAUGCAACGACAAAUGACUUCGGAGACAACUGAAAACUUCUCUAUUGCUGCAGCGAUUCAACAUCGUUCAAACAACUUCUCAAAUAAAUCAAAGGGCAGGCAUUGUGAGCACUGUAACAGAGAAGGUCACACAAUUGAAAAUUGCCGAACCCUAAAAUUUUAUUGCAAACAUUGCGAUAGGAAAGGACAUACGGAAGAUCGUUGCAAAUACAAGAAUGGGACUUGGACAUCCGACAACUCCGAUAAUAGACGAGGCCAGUCACAACAGCAACGUGGAAUUCGUAAGAAUUUUUUUUUUAUAAUUCUUCGGUUAAUUAUAUAUUUACAAAGCCUUGGAUUUUAGAUAGCGGGGCCACCGAUCAUAUCACGUGUGAUUCCA